AUGGGCGUAUUGGCAUUUCUUUUCGCAUAUAUUCUGGGAGGGCUUACUGCUCUUCCUCUUCUCCUUGCUGUUGUGUUUGCAAUAGCGCUAUGGACAUCCGUGCCAGUUGGCGAUGUGGACCCGGCAAAGCGCCAGAAACAAGCUCUUGUACAGGAAUUCGAGGAAAAGGAAAGAGAAGAAGAAAAGCGACGUGAAAAGGAUUCAGCAAAGCUGCCGCCGACGCAACAAUCUAAGCCACGCAAAGGCUGGCUCACCGUCAGGCGUGCAUUUGAUGACGGUGAAACAGGGUUAUUUGAUGGCUCAUACAUGGAUAUUAUGCGCUCUAUUCUAGACUCUAGGUCCAAAGAUCCCAAGAAGUCACGGCCACGAGACACCUACUUUGCUGUCCUCAAGGGCUCGGUGUUAUUCCUCUAUGAGGACGAAGCCAUGUCCGACUGUCAUACCGCCCUGGAGAUGUCUAAACACGCCGUGGAUAUCUAUCCCCCCGGACUACUAGAUGGAGAACUCUUCACAAAGCGGAAUGCUAUUCGACUCUCACCCAACGACUUGACGCCAAGUCCGGGUCUACCUCAUGUCUCAAAGGAAAUGAAGUUGAGCGACGACAAGGAUGUGCAGGAAGCUGUCGCGAUGGCCAAAACACCAGAGGCAGCGCAAACGGCGGCUGACAAGGUGAAGGAGGCCAACGAGCUUGCGAGGGAAGAGGCGUUUGACUUCUCCACGCCGUGGUAUCUCUUCGUACGUUCUGUGGUGGAAAUGGAAGACUGGUACCACGCUCUCGUUCACGCGUCGAAGCAUCCUACGACGUCGGUCCCUUUGGAACCCCUCGAACCCGUGUUCUCGACAGAGCACAUGCAGUAUCUCGUAUCUCAUCUCGACACACAACCCGAUCCUAUCCCAAUGAGGUGGCUAAAUGCACUAGUCGGUCGUCUCUUCUUUUCGGUUUACAAAACGGCUGCGAUGGAGGACUACAUCAUUGGUCGCCUCAUGAAGAAAUUGGCCAAAGUCAAGAAGCCCUCCUUUCUGGAUGACAUUGUUGUCAAGGAGGUUUCGGUUGGCUCCACCGCCCCGACUUUCUACAAACCGAUGCUCAAAGAGCUUACCAAAGAAGGAGAUGCAUCAGUCGAAAUAGGUGUACAUUACAAAGGGGAAAUUAGGAUCACGGUCGAGACGACUGCAACAAUCAACCUUGGAGCACGCUUUCGCUCUUACGAAGUCAAGCUUGUGCUUGCUAUAGUGCUCCGGGAACUAGAAGGAAACGUCAUCGUCAAAGUGAAGCCUCCGCCGAGUAACCGUAUCUGGUAUGCCUUUACCAAGAUGCCCAAGAUGGAGCUUGCAGUCGAGCCUGUGGUCUCUGACCGCCAGAUCACAUGGGGAAUGAUACUGAAGACCAUAGAGGGCCGGCUCAAGGAGAUUAUUCUCGAGUCGGUCGUUCUGCCCAACUAUGAUGACAUAGCCUUUUUCGAAACAUCGGCUUUCGGACAUCGUGGAGGCAUCUAUGCUGACGCUGUACGACAAUCACUGAGAUCAACGGACUCGACUGUGCCUGCAACGACUAUAUCGCAAACCCAGUCAAUGGGUGUCGUAGAAGCCUUGCCUCGCCACGAUUCAAUGGAAAACCUCAAGAUGCCGGGUCAUUACUCGACUACUGCACUUCCGCUCACUACAGAACCACUCGAGGUGAUGCCUGCGAAAGGUCCCGACUCGUCUGUAGUCUCUCUUCCGAUAGAGAGUCAGUCGGAGCCGAAAACCGAGCCAAUAACAGGUACGACGACCCCGAUGACUGCCAACGUCGUGGUCGAGCCUCCCUCACCUGCGUUGGAGACUCCCUCUCCUCGAGGACGUCCUAUCAGUGUGAUUGAAAGUGACUCGAGUUCACUCAAGCAACCUCGAGAGCCAUCGGUUCCCGCGUCAAAUAGGGAUUCUAUGGAGGGUGAGGCGGAUCAAGGGCUCAAUCUCCCCAGUCGAAAAGGGACACCUCGUUCGUCUCCUUCUCCGGCACCGAGUAGGGCGUCACAUUCUGCCUCGCAAUCGGUGGAUAUGUCUUCCACCCAGCAAGUGAAGCCCGUUUCGACAUCCAGCACGUUUACAAGCAAUACGUCGACGGAUACGAAACCAAAUGGGUCCUUCCUCGACAACCUACGUUCGAGAGCUGCUGCUGCUGCGUCUGCGGCGGAAGCAUCGAAUCCAAAGGCCGUGGCACAGGCGAGAGAGACGUUUCAAAAAUGGGGCGCACAGUGGGCCGGUCUGAAGAAGAACUUGACGGAGAAUCGGGAAUCGAGAUCCAACUCGAUAUCCUCCACGCCAUCUACGAGUACGCUCGGUCUCAAUGUUGCCUCUACCUCGCCUCCGUCGAGCGCGAGCAUCUCCAGAGGGUUUGACGACAUGCGGAGAGUGGUUGCCGAGCGGCGUCAGCGAGAGGAUCGUGAACGAGUCAUUUCGGAUGUUGGCAGAGGGACACCGCUCGAGGUACCUGCCGAUAAAAGUCGUCGCCAAUCGGCUGGUCCGGUACUGGCGAGCAAGUUUAAUGCAGAAGUGGACCCUUCAGGUGAACAAAUACUACCGUCUACGUCACCCGCAAGAACGAGGACGGGACGGUCGGAUUCUGUCGGAAACGCGCGUGGGGUCGAUCUCGACGAGUAUAUGGGUUCACGUUACAAUAGACCGCCGACUCCAAAGACUGCGCCCAUUGUCGUCGAGACUCGACUGGAUGCAUCACCGGCCCUCCGACCUCUUGAGAAUACGUUUGCGUCGACCUCACCUUCUCAGAAGCCACAGCCCAUCGUUUCGCAACCGGCCUAUGGAGCCAUGUCCAUGACGAUCCCUGGUAUACACGCAAAACACCGCAACGAAGUCAUGUCCAUGGGUUCCGCGCCAUUUGAACCUGCAGCUGCGCAGCCGAAAGAAGAAGCAACAGCGACGACUUCUCGAUUGCAAGGCAUCGGAAACAUUUAUCGGCUUUUGAAGAAGACGUCGACAGAGCCGCUUAAGGCAUCUCCUCUGCAAGACGCCCCCAGCCAAGCACCGACGGUUGAACCGACAACUACUCCGCCGGAGACUGUGGCAAUUGCACCAAUGACGACGACGAUUGAAAGCGGAGAAUCGCGACGAACGUCGAUGGAAGGCGUGAAUUCGAGCUCUCCGGCUUCGGUGGCGCUUCUGUCGUUGGUGGCUCGGGAUGAGCUGGCGCGCAAGAAGAGUUUGACAAGACGGCGGACUGGGAGCAUGACAGAUCAUCAGCGACAACGGUCCGACUCGACUUCGUCGUCGCCGCUGGCGUCGAGCUUUGCACCUCCUGGGACGUCGGUGCUCUCAUCUGAGCCGGAGCCGCUAGAGCUAACGUCGCGAUAG